GCUAACCUUACCAACCAAAAUUUAACUCUAUCAUCAUAAUCAUCUACUUCUUCCUCCAAUCCUCCAGCGACCAUUCACUUAAUAUCUUUACUCACUCCCAAUCCAUUAAUUCAUCGUAACCAAUUUUCAUUUCUUUAAUCUCUCAACUUUUACCUGUUCAUAAUAAAUCUCAUUCGUCUAUUUCCUUGUGCUUUUCAGUUUACCUUUUUUUCCAUUGUUUUUCUUCUUCUAAUCAACAUCUUCAUCUUCUUGUUUAUCUUCAUUGUCUUCACUUGUUACCAUUGCUUACUAGGCAUUCCCUUUACCCAAUAAUCAUCCUCAUCACUCAUCGUCACUCAUCAGCCAUCAAUCUUAAUCGUUAAACCCCACAAAAAGGCGUUAAAACAAAUAUAACCGUAAUAAUCUAAAUCUGCCAAACAUUAAUCUAAACAAUUACCUGAGCAAUAAAAAUCAAAAAUGCACAAUAAGAGCACCAAAUUGAAACAUUCAGUAAACGCGUAGUUCAUUUCUUCAACAUCUUUACCAUCCUUUUCCCUAUUGCUAUAAUCAUCUCUAUCUUCAUCAAUAGAAAGAACCUAAAAUUUCUCAAUUUCCAUCCCCUUCUCUCUCUUCUCUCCCUGGUGUAGUAGUCUCACUAUUUCUUUGCUCAGGUAAACUGAGAUGAAGAAAAAUAUUAUGUAUACAACCACUUACAAAAACACAUAACAAGAAGAAAGAAAAGAUCACAUUUUAUUGAUUUACGUCAUCUUAGGGUCACUUAAAGCUUAUUUAAUGUACCUUCACAUGUUGAUAUAGUACACAUAUGUAGCUGAACACCAUCAAUUGGAACUGAUUAAGAAGAUAAAUAUACUAACAAUUAUUAUUAUUUUGUUAGUUGACAACUUGAAGGAACACAAUCAUCAUUUGUUUUUGUUUUAGUUUGCACCUAUCAAGAUAAAUCAACUUCAUCCAACAUCAUCAUCAACAUCCAACAACAACAGCAUAACCCAACCACCAGGGGUUGUUCAACAACCGUUGUUGAAUAGGCAGGCCUCCAGUUUGAAGGAUCUGCAUCAUCUGUGUCUAUUGAUAUUUUUUUUAUCAUAACAUUAUUAACAAGUUUACAUGCUUAACCAACUGUAUUUACUCUGUGCUUAUCCAGCUGUACCAUACUGACAUCAUUAUGAGCCAACAGGAUGAUAUCAAAAGACCUGGGACCCGGGUUUUCAAAAAAUCAUCGCCCAACGGAAAAAUAACAGUUUAUCUUGGUAAAAGAGAUUUUGUUGACCACAUUUCCCAUGUUGAUCCAAUAGAUGGUGUAGUCCUGGUUGAUUUAGAUUAUGUCAAGGACCGUCGAGUAUUUGGUCAUAUUCUGGCUGCUUUUCGUUAUGGGCGAGAGGACUUGGAUGUGUUGGGAUUGACUUUUCGUAAAGAUCUUUACUUAGCUUCUGAGCAAAUUUAUCCAGUUUUGGAAGAAACUAGCAAAAGACCUCGAACUCGAUUACAAGAAAGAUUAAUAAAAAAGCUAGGUUCAAAUGCAUUCCCAUUCUAUUUUGAGCUUCCUCCUCAUUGUCCAGCAUCCGUUACCCUUCAACCAGCACCAGGAGAUACCGGUAAACCUUGUGGUGUUGAUUACGAGUUAAAAGCUUACGUUGCCGAGAGUCUCGAUGAAAAACCACACAAACGUAAUUCUGUCAGAUUGGCAAUCAGGAAAAUAACUUAUGCGCCAAGUGAACAGGGUGAACAACCAAGUGUUGAAAUAAGCAAACAAUUUGUGAUGUCUCCAAAUAAAUUGCACUUGGAAGCUUCACUCGACAAAGAGCUUUAUCAUCAUGGAGAGGAUAUUGCAGUUAAUGUACAUAUUGCAAACAACUCAAAUCGCACAGUUAGAAAACUCAAGAUAUCAGUUCGACAAUUUGCUGACAUAUGUCUAUUUUCAACAGCACAAUAUAAAUGCUCAGUAGCCGAGAUCGAGAGUGAAGAUGGUUGUCCUGUUAGUCCUGGAUUUACUUUAUCUAAAGUCUAUUAUCUUCGACCCAAUCUAUCAGAUAAUAAAUCAAAAAGAGGUUUAGCCCUGGAUGGUCAGCUUAAACAUGAGGAUACAAACCUUGCUUCAUCAACUAUUAUAACCGAUCCAAAUCAUAAAGAAAACCUCGGCAUAAUCGUUCAGUACAAGGUUAAAGUCAAACUUUGCUUGGGUCCAUUAGGAGGUGAUGUUGUCGCCGAGCUGCCAUUUGUUUUGAUGCACCCUAAGCCUGAAGAUGACAUUGAGCCUUCUGGGGCAACACCAACUGAUGGUGAUGCACUUACCAAUCAUGUCAAUAACGAUGGAGCCAAAGAAGACUCUACUAAUGAUUUUAAUUUAAUCCAACUUGAUACAGAACCGACAGAAGAUGACAUAAUCUUUGAAGACUUUGCUCGGAUCAGAUUAAAAGGCGAAAAUGAAGGACGAUUGAAUUAACUUAUUGUUCUGUCUUUUUUCCCUCUGCGCAUCUCACAUCAUCAUCUUGAGCUUUUAUUUUUUGCUCCUCAUUUUUUUUCUUCAUUCUGAUUUCCUAUUCUCAAUUUUAUCCACAUCCAUGGAAAUGAUUCAACAAUCUGGAGACCAUACAAUUCAUCAGCCACAAUGACACCAUUUUCAUCCUAUCCUUUUGCUUCGUAUUCACCAGUAUAUUUGGUGUGAUGCACAUAUGACAAACGAAACUCGAAACAUAAACACAUCAAUUUUAUGUAAAGAAAAUCACUUUGCAACUCAACUGACUUACAAAACAUGCCAACCAAGAAUGAACCUCAUUUCUUCAUUUGCCUUCAAUAUCUGCCUCCUUCUCAGCUUGUAUUAUCAUGGUCAACUUGAACAAAAUCAAAUCACCAAAAAAAAAGGUUGUUUCGUUUAUCGCUUCCAAAUUUACUCUUCCCAAUGUGGGCUCAUCUUUAAAAUCAUAGUCGCUUUUUUUAAAAAUAAUUGUACCAGUUGACUUUUUUGCCAACUUAAUCAAAACUGAAUGCACAUCGAGACUUCAAUGUCUAAAUCAUUUCUCCUCAAAAUCAACAACUUCCAUUUUUAUUUUCAUCGACUUUAUUUACUCCUUUCUCAUUCUCAUUACCCUUUCUUUCCUUCCUAAUUUUACCUUUUCUGAACCUUUGCUUUCUCGAGUUCAAACAUAGUCACUUUGUGUUAUUGAUUGUAAAAAAAGUCUGCUUACUCUAAAUAAGCAAAUUAUCAUAAAAAUUCAACUAAAUUGCAAUCCUUGCAAGCAAAAAAAGAGAAACAAAUCAAAGACAACAA